CAUCUUGUUCCCUGCCACCACGAUGAACCGGUCUCCCUCUUUGGAUGCCGGUGCGCACAGUGAUUCCGCUCGAACACCCAGUGCGGGAACGCUCAAUGAGUCCAGAGGCAGCGAUGUCGAGAAAGGACCAGUUGAGGUAGAGAAGAAGGGCGGCUUCCGAAAUCUCCAGGCACAAGAGGACGCAAAGGCAGCUCAAACAGUUGACCCUUACGCGCCCACCGAUGGGGGUCUGCAGGCGUGGUUGUCGGUCGGGGGCGGAUUCCUUGUCACCUUUAGUGCGUUUGGCAUAGUGAGCUCGUAUGGAGCUUUCAGCGACUUCUACAACACGGACUACCUCACCCACUUCUCGCCGACGGUCAUUUCCAUGAUCGGUGCGAUACAGAUCUUCUUGUUCUAUCUCUUCAGUGGCCUGUCUGGGACGCUUUUCGAUGCUUAUGGACCGCGCGUCCUCAUUCCAGUCAGCGGGAUCAUCUGCGUCUUUGCCAUGUUCAUGCUGUCGAUCACGAAACCAGAGCAAAUCUACCAGCAAUAUUUGUCUCAGGGUGUCUUGUACCCCAUUGGCGCUUCGUUGGGGUUCUUCCCCGCAGCUAAUGUGAUCACUCAUUGGUUCCGUCGGCGUGUUGCGUAUGCACUUGGCUGCGUCAUCGCGGGGUCUGGUGUCGGGGGCAUCGUCUUCCCGAUCAUGCUCACGCGUUUAAUUCCCCGCAUCGGCUUCGGCUGGUCUGUGCGCAUUAUCGCAUUCAUUAUGCUCUUUUGUUAUGCUGUCGCGUCCGUCACCAUCACUGCGCGGCGACCCCGUAAACCCCUCCCUCCUCUUUGGAAGAUGGUCGACUUUGAUGGAUUCCGCGAUCUGCGCUAUACCUUCCUCGUCAUUGCCGUCUUCUUCAACAUCAUCGCCAUCUUCAAUCCGUUCUUCUACGUUGGCCUUUAUGGCCUGACCCUCCAUCCCGAGUCGACACUUUUGCCCUAUGCCCUGUCUAUUCUUAACGCGUGCUCGGUCCUUGGGCGGAUCUUCCCAGCGCUUCUGGCAGAUAAGCUCGGGCGGUUCAACGUUAUAAGCGUGUUCACGCUCAUCAGUGCACUCUUGAAUCUAGCGAUGUGGUACAACGUGACGGGAGAGGGUGUUACAGUUGCCUUCGCUGCGCUGUAUGGCUUUUUCUCCGGAUCAUACUUCUCCAUCAUCCCCGCUUGCAUCACAAUGAUAUCGCCCAUAGACAAAAUCGGCGCGCGGAUCGGUACGCUAUUUAUGUUCAUGUCAUUCGGUGCCCUUGCGGGCACGCCGAUCGGAGGCGUCUUCAUUCGAGAAAGGACCAAAGACCAUUUCCAGCAUCUCAUUGCAUUUUCGGGAUCAAUUGGCCUUUUGGCUGCCGUUUUCUUUUUUGCUGCGCGCUUUGCGUAUAGCAAACAACUUCUUUCGAUCGUAUAAACACGAUGUAACGCUCCCGUAGCGAUGCUAGUAGUGGACGCAGUGUUAUUUGCAUGUUUAAUACUGUUGUUGUUUGUAGACCUGCCUGUUGAGUAUAAUAUAUCGCGUUGCGCCAUCUUGCACCACCG